AUGCCGAUGCUGCCGGACCCCGCCUUCCGCGCCAACUGGUCCGAGUGGUCUCCAGCCACUAAGGCAGACCUGCAGCUCCUGCAAGGGCACGGGCGCUGCUUGGAGAGCGGGUUGGUUAGGUGGCGCUACAGCAUCUGUGGUGCCUACCACGGCUCGAACGACAGCUCAGCCCUCGGAGAUGAACCCCUUUCGGUGCAGAUUACCCCAAUCCAGGGCCAGAUGGAGGCCGCUUCCCAGUUCACAGUGGUGGUCCGCCAGAAGGCGCGGGAGUGGGGGUUUUCGUCCUCACAAUGGCACACCGUGGUCAUGCAGUACGAGGCGAUUGACAGCCCCGCUGCCUGGGCAGCUCAGCUGCACGGAUGUUCGCUCCUGAAUGUGAGCACCAUAGCCGAAGGCGCCGUCCUUGCGUCCUCUGAUGCGCUAUGUGAGCUGCUCCCAACUUGCCAUGCGCAGCUGUGCGUGCAAGUGCGUGAGCAAAGCCUCGGUGGCAGGGAAACAUGGGAUUACGCAACUGGACGACACUUCCACCCACCUCCCCUGCUGUCGCCAGCUGGCAGCGUGAAGCUGCUAGUGUGCAUGGAAGAAGCUGCUGCAAGCUGCAGCGAGACUAUUCGAACACAAUGGCACUACAAGCAGAGCCAGGUAAGCAUGGACGGCUACAGCCUUGCGUUCUCCGUAAAGACCUUGCUGGAGCAAGCGAGCAACGGCACCGCGCUGAGCUUGCUGGAGGCGAUCCGAAGGAACCUGACGCAAGAGGAAGCCGAGCGAUUCGACAAGGACGCUGUGCGGGAGGUCUGGCGACUGCCGGAGCCGUCAGGUGACCUUCUCGCCACACUGGCAGUCCUGGACGAGAGAAUGCCCCAGCGCCUGGCAGAAGCUCUGGUGAAGAGCCCCUUGGGCACGAUGCAACCCGUGACACCGCAGGUGCAGGCGGCCUUCGGUAACCUGACGAAGCUGCAGGUGUCCCUGGAGGAUGCGGCCCAGCUCGGGCAGCUGGGCGCGCUGGCGCAGCUCGCGCCGAAGCUGCGAGAGCUUACGAUCUCCUGCGCUCUGUGCCCGGCGGACCGCAAAAUCCCGGAGCCCAAGGCUCUGCGGUCCUUCGAGCGCCUCAGCGCUCUGGCCGUGUUGGUGCUCAGCGACUUCCGGCUCUUGACUCUUCGAGAGCAGGCCUUCGGAAGCCUCGGAGAGCUGAAGCUGUUGCGUCUGACCUACAACCGACUCCAGAGCCUCCAGCCCGGCGCGUUCCAGGGGCUCAAAGAGCUGAAGACGUUGGAUCUGUACGACAACCAACUCCAGAGCCUGGAGCCGGGCGCUUUCCAGGGGCUCAAAGAGCUGAAGACGUUGGAUCUGGCCAGCAACCAACUCCAGAGCCUGGAGCCCAACGCUUUCCAGGGGCUCAAAGAGCUGAAAACGUUGACUCUGCGCCGCAACCUACUGCAGAGCCUAGAGUCUGAUGCUUUCCAGGGGCUCAAUGAGCUGAAGAAGUUGGUUCUGGGCGGCAACCCGCUGCAAACCCCCCCAGCGAUCUGCAAGCAAGAGGGAGUGGAAUGCGACAUUUGA